AUGACUGAGUAUUGGGUGAGCCAAGGGAACAAAUGGUGCGAAUUCUGUAAGAUCUGGAUUCAGAACAAUCCAUCAAGUAUCAGAAACCAUGACCUCGGUAAACGUCACCGAGAAUGUGUCGAUAAGAAGCUCACCGAUAUGCGCGAGAAGAGCGCCGCCAAAGACAAACUCCUCAAGCAAAACGAGAAAUUGCUUCAACAGAUCGAAGCUAAAGCAACUCGUAGCUAUCAGCAAGAUAUGGCCACUGCUCAACAAGUAGCUAAAGCAAACGGCGCUCCAGAGGAUGGUACUCGCGAUUGGACGCUUGACGGCGCUUCAGGAUAUUAUUACAACCAGAGCAAUGGUCUUCACUAUGAUUCAAAGUCUGGAUUCUAUUACAGUGACUCAAUAGGACAUUGGGUGACGCAAGACGAGGCAUACGCUGCGGUGAAGUCUUCAUCAGGAGGAGCGAAAGUACCUCUCGUUAAGAAGGCUGUAGCUUCUUCAGAAGCUGGACCGAGCAUCGGGAAGCCGCCUGGGCGUGUCGUCACGGCUUUGCUAAACCCGAAAAGGGCUGUGAAAGGAGCUGCUUCGUCUGUUGAGGUUGGCAACAACAAGAGGAAGAGAGUGGAUGAGAAGCCGAAGAAAGUGUCUGCGGAAGAGAGAGCUGCGUUGAAGGCGAGAGAAGCUGCUAGGAAACGAGUUGAAGAUAGGGAGAAAUCGUUGCUUGGUCUUUACAAUAGACCCUUUUGA